AUGACGCCUGAAAUAACCAUAAAACAUGAGGCAGAAAAAUUGCUUAAAUUACAUCCCAACUUGGAUCUUGAUCCAAAUUCCUCAUUUCAAGGAAUGCAGAAAUACGAUCCAACAAAGGAUAAUGUAGACAAGCCACCUAGACAUCGCAAAUUAAAAAGAAAACCAUAUCGAUUGAAUUCAUAUGAAUUGGAGCAAGAAGCUCUAGAAAAAGCAAAAUAUGAUAAAUUGAAAUUCAUGAAAAACGAUGAGGCUUUAACUAAAAAUUUAUUUAGGAAUAUUAGAUUUAUUAGAGAUUACACUGAUCCAAUUGAUAAUAAGACAUACAAAUUAUAUACUAUUGCUUGUUUCUAUGAAGAACCUGGUAAAAAUAAAUACGAAGUUAUUAUCUAUAAUUGUAGUGAAAAAGAAUUUUCUGACGAUGGUAAAAGAGCAUUACUUGAUGAUAAAAAAUUUUUGAUAAAAUUACAUGAAUCGAAAGCAAUAAUUAAUAAAGAUAUUUUUGGAAAUUUUUUGAAUCCCUUGGUUCUGUUAUUGGCUCUUAAUAACAAAAUAGAAUAUGAUUCAGAUCCAACUCAUGGAAUUUCUCAGAAAGAUAUUAACGAUUUGUGUAAAGAGCUUCAUAGUUAUCGAAAACAAAUUGAUACUAAUAUUAAUACAUCGGACCCAUAUCAAUUGGCUGCUCAUUUUGCUGACCAAACAAAACGUGAACAACAAAAAAAAACAGUUUUACAGCAAUCGCCUCAAUUAAUACAAUCACCUCAAUUAAUACAAUCACCCCAAUUAAUGCAAUCACCCCAAUUACAACAAACAUCUCAAUUACAACAACGACAAUUACAACAACAGCAAAGACAACAACAGUUACAGCAAACGCCCCAAUUACAACCACAACAAACGCCCCAACCACAACAAAUGCAAUUACAGCAGCAAAUACAAUCGCACCAACAGCAGUUACAGCAGUUAAAACGACAACUAUCUCAAUCAGACAAUUCAACAAUGGCAUUGAAAAAUUCUUCUGAAAAACCAAAAACCCAACAUUUAUAUUAUAGUGACGAUAAGGCACCAACUAACAUACAACAACAAAACAUUAUUCCUAUCAUGAACAUAACUACAAAUCAACGUCCACCUAUAGCUGGGAUGCAACAAAAUGCUAUUCCUAUUACAAACAUGGCUGCAAAUCAACAUCCUUCAGUGACUUCCAUACAACAAAAUGUAAACCAACGUCCUAACAUAGCUGCCAUACAACAAAAUGCUACCAUGAACGUAGCUACAAAUCAACGUCCUCCUAUAACUUAUGUUCAACGUGGUGCAGCAGCAUAUACAGCAACAGCAUCUACAGCAUCUACAGCAGCAUCAUCUACAGCAGCAGCAAAUACAACAGCAGCAGUUACAACAACAGCAAAUACAACAGCAGCAGUUACAACAGCAACAUUUACAAAACCAGCAACAAUAAUGCCAAUGAUAAUAAUAUCAAAAACUUCUUAA